AUGAGAACUAGACGAAGCACACAACAACCUUUGAAAAUUGAAGAUCCUAUAUCAUUUAGUGAAUCUUCCAGUUCUGAUAACUCAUCAGAUGAAUAUGAACCAGAUGUUGAGUAUAAAAGAAGAAAAAAUCGUGUAAGGAAAACAGAUGAAACAGAAAAUGUUAAGAUGUUGAAAGAAAAUACUAAUACAAAAAAAAGAUCUAGUCCUAUAAAAAAUUCUUCAGUUCCAGUAAAAAAAACAAAGAAUAAGGUAAAAGAUGAAGAAGAGGAAUUGUCAUCUGACGGAGAUGACUGGGAAGAUGUUGAUCUUGAAGAUGAUGUACUUGUCAUAAAUCUUGAUGGUAGAACAUUAGACCCUGCUGAAGAAAGGAAAAAACGUUUAGCAGCAAUAAAAAGACGAGAAAAUUUGGAAAGGAAAAAUAAAAUUAAAGGAGAACAUGUUAAGGAAUUUGUUGAUGUUUUGGAAAAUUUAUGCAAAGGAUACAUUGCAUUCAAAAAUAAUUCAAUUGAUUUUGAGGCAGAUAUCAAGAAAAUAGUUAAAUUCAAAGACGAAAAAUUAUUGAUUGAAGCACCUUGUCCUAGUGAAAUGAAAAAUGAAUUAAAGAGAACAUUUUAUUCUUUUAUUGCUUUGAACACAAUCAACAUUAAUUGUCGUGUUUGUUCUCCAUGUAAUCCUCCUUCUCUUUUGUUAAAUGUAAAAAAGUUAAAAUUUGAAGGAGAAAAACGAUAUUUUUUCAUUGAAAUAUUUAAUAAACCAAAAGAAAAAUGGAUUCCAAUUGAUGUUAUGUCUAAUGAAUUUGGAAAUUUAACAGCCGAAGCAUUUAAUGAUCCUAAUAUAAUGUACAUACUUUCAAUUGAUUUUCGUGGUGUCAUUCGUGAUGUUGUUGGUAAAUAUACAAAGUCUUUUAUCUUUCAUAGAUUUAGACAAUCUAGAUUACCAAAAGAAUUUAUGGACGAAACGUUUAGAAUUUACAGUGAAGGAAAACCUAUUGACAAUUAUUUUGACGACCUUGAAAAUACACUAAUGUUAAAGAGUUUAGAAGAGCAAGAUAAGGAUGUUUUAAAAGCUGAAGCCGUUUGGCCUCCAGAUACAAAACCAAUUGGUAAAGUUGGAAAGUAUAAUGUUUAUCCCAGAAGCUCAAUUAAACAACUUUAUUCAUCCAUAAAAUUAUUAAUGGAAGGAUUAGAUGUAAAAGAGGGUGAAGAACCAAUUAAAAUUGUUGGAAGAAUACCUAGAGCCAGUGAUAGACCAGAUAUGGUUGAACCUGAUAAAAAACCACUUUAUGGAGUAUGGCAAACAGUAAAGUACAAAACUCCUAAACUCGUUGAUGGAAGAAUUGAACCAAAUAAAUAUGGGAAUUUAUACAUAUUUAAACCGUGGAUGAUUCCAGAAGGUUGUGUUCAUAUAACAGAGUAUACAGAUUACAAAAAAUAUGCUGAUGAGUUAGAGAUUCAAGCUAUUCCAGCUGUAGUUGGCUUCGACACUAAAAAAGGAAAAACGUAUCCAGUAUGUAGCGGUUUUGUUGUCCGAAAAAAGGAUGCUAAGAAAUUAACUGAUCAUUUAGAUAAAAAUAGAGAAAAAAUUCAAAAGGUUAAAGCAAGUCGUAAUGCUAACAAAGCUAAACGACUUAUUGAAAGACAAAUUAACCAAGCAAAUAUUUUAAAUCCAACUAAAGAAUAA